CAAUCGAUUUUGUGUGUAAUGCUGAAAGGCCUGUGUGUGUGCAAAACUCAAUCAAAAUAUGCAAAUCGAAUAUAAACAAUAAAUUACCUCAGUGCUAUUUUGCAUCGCAAAAACGUUCUGUUUUUUGUUUGUUUGUUAAUAAUACUCUAUCUCUUUCUCACACACGCAUACACCGUACACGCACUACUUGCCCAUACAUUUGUGCGUUACAUUUCUGGCAAUAUGAAUAACUAAAAGCAUUGUUAUCAGCAAAAUUACUUAAAGCAUUGUUUUUAAUAAUCAAAAUUAUACUUUACCAGAAUAAUUUCGGUUUCUGUGUCAAACAAAAGAAAAAUUGACUAUUCCACGUAAUCAAAAUAAAAAUAAUAUUAAAGUCAAUCAUGGUAUUGUUUCACAUCAAUUUUAACAUUGUAUUCUCGUUACUGGCAAUUUUGGUCGGUCAAUUAGUACAAAAUGUGCAUGGAUCACGGGUUUUGGAGUUGAGCGAUCGAUUCAUUGACAUUAAACAGGAUGGUCAAUGGUAUUUGAUGUUCUAUGCUCCAUGGUGUGCGCAUUGUAAACGUACUGAACCAAUCUGGGGUCAUGUUGCUCAAUCUCUAGUCAAUACAAACAUUCGCGUUGGAAAAAUUGAUUGCUCACGUUUUCCAGCCGCCGCUCAGCAUUUUAAAGUUCAAGCAUAUCCAACGAUUAUGUUCAUCAAAGGUGAACAAGAGUACAUUUAUUCGGGUGAUCGGGUGCGUGAGGAUAUGCUAGCAUUUGCAUAUCGAAUGAUGGGACCGCCCGUUCAACUUGUCACACAAAUUGACAGUUUUGACAUGUUGAAAUCGCAAAAUGAUCUAUUUUUUACAUAUGUUGGACAACGAAAUAACUCUUUGUGGAAUAAAUUCUAUCAGACUGCCGAACAUUUUCAACCUCAUGCAUUUUUUUAUGCCACACAUCGGGAAUUGGCCACACCGCACUUUCAAAUUGAUACACUGCCAACGGUGUUGGUUUAUAAAGAGAGCAAUCAUUAUCAUUUUCCAUUGUCAAGUGAUUUUCAUUUGGUCGAAGAUGAAUUUUUGAAUGAAACACUUUUUAAUUGGGUGAACGAGGAGAGAUUUACAGCAUUCCCAAAAGUAACACGAUCGAAUAUUUUUCAAAUCAGUCAAACACAAAAGUAUCUCGUGUUAGCUGUUGUUGAAGAAAAUAAAUUAAAUGAAAUUGCAAGCCAUGAAUUGGAAUUUCGAGACAUGAUUGAGGUGAUUAUACGCCAAAAGUACGAUAAAUAUCAUCAAAAAUUUCAAUUUGGUUGGAUUGGUACACCAGAUAUUGCGCAUUCAAUUGUUAUGGAUCAAUUGGCAACACCACAUUUGAUCGUAUUGAAUACAAGCACAUACGAACAUUACAUACCUGAUGAUGAACCAGAACGACUUACCGGUGAUGCCAUCGAAUUAUUUUUAAACAACAUUCAUCAUGAAAAAGUCAGGAGCUAUGGCGGCAACUCGAUACCGGUUCGAAUCUAUCGAACUUACUUUGAAACUAAGCGAUUUUUGGUGGAUAUGUGGCGUGGAAAUCCGAUUUUAACAUCAGUUCUCUUUGGCUUGCCACUUGGAUUUCUCUCACUAAUCAUAUACUCCAUCUUCUGUGCAGACAUUCUUGAUGCCGACGAAGAGGACGAAGACGAUGUUCACGAGAAAAACGAAUAAAAAUUGUGUGGCGCUAGUUCUUGCUCCAUAGCCAAAAAACAUAUAUAUCUCGUUAACUUCCAAA